AUGGGUGAUACUACUAGUAAUCAGUCUGAAUUUACUCCUCGUGCUUCAAGUCCUCUGUUCCUUCAUCCUAGUGAUGUCCCUGGUACAUCACUGGUUGGUGUUCCUUUCUCCGGUACUGGAUUUGGAGGUUGGAAAUGGAGCAUCAUCGUGUCUCUUUCAGCUAGAAAUAAGAUAGCUUUUAUCGAUGGAACUCCCCCUAGGCCUCCUAUUAAUUCACCCGAGUGCAAACAGUGGGAUAGGGUGAACAACAUGGUAAUUUCCUGGUUGACAAGCUCACUGUCCCCUGAAAUUGCAGAAAGUGUUCAAUAUUCGGAGACUGCUGAGAGUAUUUGGAGGCAAUUAAAUACUAGGUAUGGAACAGUUAAUGGAACUAAGAAAUUCGAAAUUAAGAGGGAGUUGGCUUUUACAUGUCAAGGGGCUCUUGAUAUUGCAUCUUAUUUUAACAAGUUGAAGAAGCUUUGGGAUGAACUUACAGUCAUGUCUUCCAAUCAUGCAAAAAAUUGUAAUUGUGCUGCUAAGCCUGGUCUGGAGCAGGAAGAAGAAGAGAAUAGGGUGCAUCAAUUUCUAAUGGGGUUGAACGAGAUAUAUGUUAAUGUUAGAAGCAGCAUUCUGCUCAUGAACCCACUGCCUUCACUUGACAAUGUUUAUAACAUUCUCUUACAAGAUGAAAAACAAAGACAAGUCCUUCCUACCACUCAUUUUAGUUCUGAUAUGGCUUCUUUUCAUGCGAGUGCCAACAAUAAACCUCCUUCUCAACCAAGUCCUAAUAAACAAUACAAUCAGAGAAUUAAUUUUGAUCACUCCAAUCAAAGGAUGAAUCUUAGGCAGCAUAAGGGAUCAUUAUUCUGCAAGUACUGCAAGAAGACUAACCAUACCAUUGAGACAUGUCACAGGCUGCAUGGUUUUCCACAGAACUUUAAAUUCACAAAAGGCAGGAAGUAUGGUACUGCUGCCAACAUUGAAUCUUCUACUUCUGGAGUUCCUGAUGCCCCUACUACUUCCGGAUCUGUUGGUCAAGAAUCUAUCAUACCUGGAUUGACAAAAGAACAGUGCAGUCAACUGUUGAUGCUUCUGCAAAGUUCAACUUUGGACUCUGCCUCUCAAACAAAUCUUAUGGGAUCUGCAAACUUUGCUGGUAACAUUUCUGCUCAACCUUUGCCUGAUUGUGAUAGCUUUGCUGCUUGCAUGUUGUCUAGUGCUGUUAGGAGUGUUUGGAUAGUAGAUUCAGGAGCAACUGACCAUAUGACAUCUAGUAAAGAUUUCCUUUUUGACAUUAAACCACUUCCUGUACCCUAUUUAGUUUCUUUGCCAAAUGGUUACAAAGUGAAAGUAACAUGCACUGGUUCACUUACUUUGUCUCCUUCCUUUGUUUUGCAUCAUGACCCUUCCAGGAAGAAGCUUCUGGAACUUGGUAGAGUGUACCAUGGUAUUUACAAGCUUCUUCCACUUACCACUUCUAGCUCUUCCACUUCUAGUCAUUCUACUGUUCUCCCUAAACUGAAUUGUAUCUCUAUUUCAGAUUUAGCUACUAAUGUACUCUCCAUGCAUUCAUCCCCUACCUCUUUACUAAAUGAUACUACAUCAGUUGCAAUUAAUACACCUUUGAAUAAUAAUGCCCCUGUUGUGUCUGACAGUACUACUUCUACUCUUUCUUGUGUAAAGUCUGAUGUUUCUUGUAUGAAUUCUGUGAAUGCUGUAACCAGUUCUGAUAUUCUUUGGCAUCAUAGAUUGGGUCACAUCCCAUUUGCUAAAAUGAAGGCCAUUCCUGCUAUUUCUCCUAAUAUUUCCUCUAAGCAAUCUUUCAUUUGCCCAAUUUGUCCUCUAGCUAGACAAUCUAGAUUGCCUUUUCCAGAUAUUCCCAAGUGUCAAAGGGACAAAUUUCAGCCAAGGGCUGUCCCUUGUGUGUUCAUUGGUUACCCUUUUGGGAAGAAGGGCUAUAAGCUUUACAAUUUGCAAAACAAGUCUGUACUUAAUUCCAGAGAUGUCCAUUUUCAUGAAGUUGUUUUUCCAUUUCAUCUAUCAGACUCUCCUUAUUCUAUACCUUCUCCUUUGCCUCUUUCUCCAUCUCCUAUCAUUUCCGACCCUUCUGGUUCUUCAGCUGUUGAUGUUUCUCUUCCUCCUUCCUUCCCCCCUUCUUCACCUAUUUCUCCUUCUUCACCUAUUUCUACUCCUACUUCUCCUCCUUCCAGUUUUUCUUUUUCUCCCCAAUCUGAUUCAUCUCUAGAUCACUCCUCUCCUUCACCUAUUUCUUCCAGUCCUGCUGCUCCUAGGAAAUCAACCAGAACUCACAAUCUUCCUUCUCACCUUCAGGAUUAUGUAGUAUCCCUUCCUCCCUCUUUCUGCUCCUCUACUACCACCACUAUUGCUGCACCAACUGCUGCAGUUGAGCCUCAUUCUUACCAUCAGGCUGCUAUAAGUCCUGCUUGGCAAGAGGCAAUGAAAAAAGAGUUUGAGGCUUUGGAGGCUAAUCACACAUAG